CACAAACUUUGCUAGAUGGUCAUGAUCAACCACCACUUGAGGAUGUUUGGCCUUCAGAUAGCGCACAACUUCAAGGAUUAGAAAGUCCACAACACGCUGCGGAUAUCAUAGAGCCACAAGAGCAGCCCGACCCCGCUACUCACCAGCGAGACACCUCGAGUCCAGUGGAUGACGAGGACAAAAACGCAGCCAAAAAUGACAUCGAUAUCGUGGACCGCUCCUCGCAACAGGACUCUACCCAAAAAUCUUUGACGCCAGUGCCUUCCCCAUCAGUAGGGCAAUGACAGUCAAAUGGCUCCAGGAGCUGUUAGUGAAGGUGAAGACGAAGAUUCCGUGGACGUUGAAGAAAAUCCAGAGAAUCAAUCCUCGCAAGGGGGUCUGGUAGACCAACCUACACAGGAUUCAUCUGAAGCACGCAUGAACGAGCAUGCCCCUGGAGCCUCUGUUCAUAUUGUUCCCGCCAGCUCUUCUGCCAGCUCAGACGAAUCAUUGUCGGCUGAGAUUAAAUCCCCACGCAUAAAGCGCAAGCGAGCGUCCUCUACAAGCACACCUAGUCGCUUAACUCGAUCCAUGUCGAGUAAACAUUUAAUGGCUGGUGCGCAUUUUGAUGACCAACCGAAAAAAAUCAAAAAGAAAGAGCAUACAAGUCACGACACAGUUAACGGGCUAGGAAACACGAGUGAUAUGGAAUCGACUAGUUCAGGGGCUACCAGUGCAUCUAGGAUGCUUGGUCCUUCCAGCAGGCAUAGCUCUCGAGCCUCAUCUGUCAUUUCCAGUGCUCCUAGCACGUCCUCUUUGUCAAUACAGCCUUCACCGACUGUAGACCGCUUUACAAUGCAUACGCUCCACCCUGCAGUCCCUCCUCCCAUCUUCCACACACAUGGUGGCUUACGUCACCAUCACCCUCCUAAACCACCUUCGAUCACAUCUCAACCCG